GUUCUUCCUCUACUCCCUGUAUGUGCAACAGCCUGCAGACGGUUACCUUGCCCUCAAAGGCUUUACCAAAGGCUUUGCCUGCGUCAAUGGGUUCAACCUUGGCCGUUUCUGGGAGGUGGGGCCGCAGCAGAGCUUGUACAUCCCCUACCCUGUCCUACGACGUGGCCGCAAUGAGGUUCUGAUCUUCGACAUUGAUAGCCCGGAGCUCUCCGAGGCCCAGUUACCGCCUGCUCCAAGGAUUGUGUCGGAAGCCAUCUGGUCGUCCGGUGUGCUCCCUCGGGGAGCCAAGGAAGCAGCAGUCACGGUGUCGGGCCUCUUCCGGAACUGGACCUGA